AUGGGUAAUAAAAUUAGUAAAAAAAAUCAAUUUAACGGAGAAAAUUCAGCAAGUGAUAAUUUAUCUAAUGAGAUGAAUGAAGAAGCUGAUAGAUUACACUUACAACAUUAUUUACAAAAAAAUAUUUGGCAAAAUAACUUUUUCGCUCCAGUUGGGCACCUUCUUGAACAAGAAGAUACAAAGGUUCUUGAUGUAGGUAAUACUGAGAUUAUUAAAGGAAACGUAUUAGAACGUUUACCAUUUGAUGACAACACGUUUGAUUAUGUAUUUCAACGAACAUUGUAUGUUGGAAUUCCUGAAAAUAAAUGGCCAUCUGUGAUUAAUGAGCUUAUCCGUGUAUUAAAGCCUGAUGGUUAUUUAGAGCUGUUAGAAUCUGACUUUAAGCCUAAUAAUAUGGGGCCUGCAACUACAAAGAUUACUGAUGCAAGAACGUGGCUUGGACACAAAUAUACAGUAUGUUAUAAACUGCAAGAUUAUUUGGAAGAAAAUAAACAACUUUAUGAUGUUCACUGUGAGAUAAAAAAAGAACUUAAUGCAGAAAAUGCGGAAGAAUUACGUAAAUUGUCAUCUGAAAAUUUCACUACAGUCGUAAAGACUUUGAAACCUAAGCUUGCAAGUAUAAUUAAGGUUUCUAACGAUGAAUAUGAUGAUUUGGCUAAAAAGAUGAGAGAAGAAUUAAAUAAUCCAAAAACUUUUAAUACACAAGUACGAGUUUAUGCUAGAAAGAAAUUAUAA